AUGCCACCGCCAUAUCCACGCCAAUACACACCUUCGAACCUCAAAUCGCUCCACCUCCUCCGCGCACUCCUCCGCGAGACCACAUACCUCCCCGAUGCAAACGCUCGCAGCUUCUUCCACCGCUACAUCAUAACGCGCUUCAAGACUUAUCAGCCUCGGGAAUGCGCAGUGCCGACGAAUAGGCUCGGAAGUAAAUACAAACGUCGACCAACCUCCGUGAUCGAGGCACGAACGCCGGACGUCCAGCGAAAAGCACACAAGGCGCUGAACUACCUCCGCCGCGCGAACACUGGCGAGCCCACUUCGCUAUGGAAGGUCUUACUCUUUACGUACGGUCGGUUGGGACCGAGGAGAUACAAGCUCAUGCAGAAGAUUCUGGUCGAAGAUGUCCCUGACAAAGAAGGCUUGUUACCGCCGCUGCAGAGAAUGUACUACAGCGGCAAAGGAUAUCUGCAAUUCUUCGAUGCGCCAAUGGAGGUGAAGAAGAAGGCGAACGAGACGUCAAAGCAUUCCAUUUCUAUUUCCAAACGAUACCCGCGAUUGAGAGCUGUGCUGGCGAGUCAGCUCGCGAACGAAGUGUCACUGGGGCCAACGAUAAAGCAAGGACAGCUCAUAACACCGGUGAACAAUGUCUGGGAACGCCCAAUGCCGGUCCGACGGGCGCGCAAUGAUGUGAAGAGGUGGUAUGCGAGGACGAUGGCUAGGAUUUUGCCUCCAUUACCGACGAGAGAAUGGGAAGAAUUGGAGUUCCUGGCGAUGGGAAUCAAGAGAUGGACGGACUUUGUGCCGCGAAGGACAUAUGCGGGGAAAACAGAGCUCAGCGAAGAGGAGCGGUCGAUGAAGAUAAUACAAGAAGGGCUUUGGCUAGAGAGGCCUAGCAAAGCGGACAGACCCGGUGGGAGGAUACAUCCACACGCACUGACGCCACGUAUGAUGAAGCGCUUGUAUGCAAGACUCUUUGCCCUGAGCUGCAGAUUGGCCUACAACGAGAAAUCCAAGAAAUGGGUUGCGCAUUGGGGAGUCAAGCAGGCGAACAAACAGACAGAGGCACUCCCACAAUCCGUCAGCGACUUGUUCUUCUCGGGGGUCGACACCAAAGGCCGAAUUCUCCAACAACCACCGCCAGCACCUCCACGUCAACCCAACCCGAACUGA